CUCCUCCACAGAUGGCCGAAGUGGAACAGCCGCUAAUUAGUUAAUGAACAGGUUCAAGAUGGCGAUAUAGGAACAAGAGGAGGAAGCCUUACCAAGACGCAACAAAAAUCAACCUACCCUCCCUCCCUCCCUCCCCCCCCCUCUCUCCCUCCAUCCUUCCCUCCAUUCCCUCCAUCCCUCCAUCACACUUAAAUAUGGAGGCUAAUGCUGGAGUAGACAUGAGGGAUUACUGGAAUGAAGUUCGUACUUACAGGAGUAUCUCACACUCCAACUCCCACUCCGAGGAGGAAGCCAGGAGCCACGAGGAUGAAGGGGAAUCAGAUGAACAUUUCCUCGAGGGUUUGGGUAUACCUGUCAAGGCUGACUCAGAGCUCUCCGAGGACAACAUGACCCUGACCAAGUUUAUGGGUACUCUUAACCCUCGCCAGGAAGAAGCGUUGAAGCGUCGCGUACGGACCCUUAACGCAACUAUACGCCGGAAGAAGCAACGCCAAAAGCCUGAUAUACGCAACUUCUUCGCCAACACUGACAACUCCAGUACGGGCACAAGGAGUCGUAGCGCCACCCCGGAUUCGCUGGACUCGGUCUCACCUCCAAGAACGCCACCGGACCCACACCCUAAAUCAUGGGUUGACCCUUAUCUGAGUCGUUCUCGGGGGUCAUUAGACUCAGGUAACCAUUCAUUAGUAACGACCCCCUCCGUAACGACCCCCUUCAACGACCACAACCACCACCUUCAUCACACAACGACCAGGUCACACCCCGCUGUACGUAGACAUGACCUACCUGGUGAUGCCCCGUCUGCCAGGAACCAAUGGCGAGAUGACCACUCUCCCCCCCACUCCUCUCCCCACUCCUCUCCCCACCACCUCUACCGCGCCCCCUCGUUAGAUAUGCUACCCAAGAUGGCGUCAGGUCCUACCAAGGGAAAGGAACUAAGGAGACAAAGAUCCUACGCCAGGGAUAUCGCCAGGGACGUGAAGCAUUUCCACUCGUCGAAGCAAGGACAGUAUGGCUUCCCCGAGGCUACGCAGGAUGACCAUGAGGUCCAGGUACUGAACUAUCGAUACAUCGGGUCGGUACAUAUACCCCACGCCCGCUGUACCAAGGAGAAACGCCCAUCUGUCGAGUCUAAUUCAUCCCAAGGCUCACAGGAUCUGGAGUCUAUCACGGAUUCCCGGCGUCCUUCAGGAGAACUAAGGAAGGCGUAUUCAAUCAGCCUUCCUAGGGACGCCCGUGAACACCGUGAACACAGAGAGAACAGAGAGAACAGACCUCGUUCAGGCUCGGCCACUGAUUUGGGCUUUAAAGUGAGGUACCAGAGGGAUGACGAUGAGUUUCCGGAGCUGAUUUUGGAAACCAGUCGGUGUGGCCAGACUCGCAUGGACUGGCUAGAUGAACCUGACCUCCAGAAGUUGACCUCUCUCGCCCUCUUAGAACUGGACAUUAUCUUCACAGAGCAUAAUAUUCAUCACCGCUGGAGGAAACUUAAGAAAAGGAAACAGAGUAAGGAAGAGAGCGGUGUCUUUGGAGUACCACUUGAGAGUCUACUGGAGAAGGACCACAACUUUCUACCGCAGUUACACCUUGAGUCCAAUGUACCUCUCGUUUUCUAUAAGUUGGUGUGGCAGCUGGAGCGAGAAGGACUCCACCAAGAGGGUAUCCUGAGGGUCCCUGGUCACAGAUCACAGACUGAACAGCUUCGACGUACACUAGACAACAACUUCUACAGCUCCUCCACCACUGCUGACGCUGCCCUCAGGAACGCCACGCCCAACGACGUCGCCUCCCUGGUCAAGACCUUCCUGAGGGAGCUGCCACGUCCACUACUAACUCUCACCUACAUGCCAGCCUUCUACAAGACUCAUCGUAUCGAAGACAUGGGACAGAAGGUACUAGCUCUCACAAUGCUAAUACUCCUGCUGCCUACCCCACACCGAGACACCCUCCAGGCCAUCCUCGAACUGUGUGCUCGAGUGGUAACGUUCGAGGCUGACAAUAAGAUGAGUCUUUAUAAUGUAGCGAUGAUUAUGGCUCCUAACCUCUUCCUGCCAACCAGCAACGGUCAUCACCAACGGUCCAAACUCAACCUGCGGUCAUCUGAAGACAAGGAACAUCAGCUGAAUCAUGAGAUGACAUAUGCCAACGUGACGACCCAGCUGACUCAAGCCAUGAUCAAGUACAGAGACAUCUUGUGGACAGUUCCUCACCGUCUUGUGGCACAGAUACGUCGCCAGUACCAGACAGAAGCUCUCAAACACCACAACUAUACUCCUAUGCGUCGUUUGUUGUCCCGCAAGAGUAAAGAGACGAUACAACGACCCAUAGAGAACGAGGUGGACUACCAAGAGGGGGUGUUGAGAGUCUCUGCCCCACAGUUCAACAAGACUAACUGCCCCGUUAAGCUCAACUCUCGAAUGACGGCGGGUGAUUUGUUGACCAAGUUCAUCGAAGAUCUGACUUUGCUGCCGGAGAAUCCUAGACGCGUGGAGGGCCGUCGGGAGCUACAGUACAAGAAGACCAACGUGGGGAAUGGUGGUAGUGGAUGUGGUUCCUCUCUACCACCACCUACCACCACUAACACCAGUACAUCCCUCACGUCGGCACCACACUUCCUCGCUUGUCUCUUGACGGGAUCACUGAAGAAUGCCCUCAGCCAUCAUGCCAUUCACGAACGAGGUGGAAAUAUUGGUGAUCGUCGACUGGACCCCAAUGCAAAGCUGCUGGCCAUAUAUCAAGACAAUCCCAAUGCUGAAUUCGUAGUCAAGUGUCAUCACCAGAACGGGAAAAUACCAAGGAAAAAUUCUUAGCUUUUGUUUAUUGUCUUGUAAAUCGUGUGAAGCUGCGAGAGUAUUCGUGAUUGUGUGUUCAACCUCUGUGACCUGACUUAGGGUGUUCAAUAAUGUGAAGAAUGAGAUCCUUGGUAGUGACGUUAUUCCACUGGUCUGGUCUGGUCUGGUUAGGGCUGGUCUUGUUAUUAAUAGACCUGGAGAAAUUAUCAUCCAGGAGUCAGUUUAAGUCAUUUCACAUCCAACACAAGUAGACUGAGGACGAUCAAUUCUAUUUUAUUUGUGAGAUGACUGAAACAGUAUUUGUGAAAUGACUGAAACAGUAUUUGUAUUAUGAUUAAGAAAAACAAAAACACCUGUAUAUAUUAUGUAUUUCAUAUAUGAAUACAUAAAGUAAUAAUACACAAACUACUUAAAAUGAUAUUAAAGAAAUACACCGACUUUGGGAACAGAUCUUCAGACGCUGAUGAGAGGCGGUGAAUAAUGAACAAAAUGUAGGGUAUUGUACUAGGUUCAUCAAUGUGUCGACAAUAUUGUAUUAUUGUUGAACAGCAUUGUGAUGUGUGGAGGUGUGUAUUGAACAGUACUGUAAUGUGUGGAGGUGUGUAUUGAACAGUACUGUGAUGUGUGGAGGUGUGUAUUGUACCGCCCCC